AUGGCCACCACGUCAAGCGGUGACAUCUUCCGCUACUACAACAACGAGUACCAGAUCGCUGUGAACCUGCACAGAGAGUGCAAAUUGGAAGCCGCAGAGCAGAAGUGCCGUGAACUAGAGUUCAACUUCGAGUGUCCGCGCCUCAUACAAGUGCAAGCAUGUCAGCUCGGGUCUAGAUGCACCUCGGACUACUGGCGCCGCAAAGAACAUCUCGAGCACGGGAUGUUUCUCCUGCGACAGAUGGAUAGCAGGGAUCAGGUGGUAAUCAACUCGCGGCAACACACUGAAUCAAUGAUUGUGGACCUUGAAGAGGAUUGGAUAAGAUACUGGGCGGCGAGAGGGCUGUCAGCACCCACGGAGGAGGAUGUUGUGGAAGAACAUGUUAUGUUGCCUGUGGCUACACGCACAUAUAGAGAGGAUCCGGAGCAGGAGCUUGGUUCGAGAUUGCAGGAUUUAACUAUUUGA